AACGUGUUUGAAAUCCGAAACAAACGAGGCAAUCAAGUGUUGAAGUACCCUCUGGAAGCUGCAAAAAUCAAGCCCCAUUUAUUUAUCGUGCUUUUUAACCCACCUCCCUCUGUCCCAGCUUUAUCAAAAAUAAAAACCAUUUUCUCCUUCUCUUCACAUUAAUAAAUUUCGCUUCCUUGCCUAAACUUGAUGCGGCUGUAAGUUCAAAGAUCGAGGUCUUCGAUUUCGAAUCAGUCUCUGAAAACCCAAAACAGCAACAGUUGUGAACACUUGGAUUUUGUUUAUGUCGGGUGCACCGGAAUAUAUGGGUCAGAAACCGGUGAGGUCACCGGACAAGCCAAGCUUUACGCAGACUCGUAGUUUGUUGAGUCAGUACUUGAAGGAUAAAGGUAGCUUUGGAGAUCUAACUCUGGGAAUGACAAGCAAAGUUGAAGCUAAUGGGACACCUGAGAUGCUGCGUCCUACCAUGAAUUUGUUUCCUGUCAAUGAGAAGUCAGGUGAUGUUUGUGGCCGGAACGUUGCAGCUCCUAGGAACUUGAGAUCGAUGGAUUUGUUCCCUCAACAAGCUGGCUUUUCAUCACCAGUUGCCAAGGAUGAUGGUCUGAAAAGGGUUGAUUCUAGUGUUACCAGCAUGAACAAAUUUGCCGCAGUGGAGCCUCAAACUGCACAGAUGACUAUCUUUUAUGGUGGACAAGUGAUUGUGUUUGAUGAUUUUCCGGCUGACAAAGCUAAGGAAAUCAUGCUUUUAGCUAGCAAGUCCAGCUCCCAAAACAACAGCUUAAACCCCAAUUCUGCCAAGACAAGCGCCCCCUUUACUUCUAGCAUAGCCACAAGUCCGGUUGAAUCUGGCAUUGGAGUUCCUCCUAACUCAAAUGUGGUUCCUAAUUUCGGAAACAAUGCAACUCAAGAAUGCAUUCAACCUGCUCAGCGACCCAUUCCUGGCGAUCUUCCAAUUGCAAGGAGAGCUUCCCUCCAUCGGUUCCUGGAGAAGAGAAAGGAUAGAAUCACCACAAGAGCACCAUACCUGAUAAGUAGCUCCGCAGCAUCUCCUUCCAAUCCAGGCGACGGCAAGUCAUGGCUGGGUUUGGCUGCUCAAUCACCGCAGUAGUCUGAGCCAAGUUGAAUUCUUUUUUGAGGCUUCUUUUAAUUCUGCUAUCCUUUUUUUUCAGCUGGGUUAAGCCUGCUGUUUUCUUAGCUCUCUAUUUAUGCUUCUCUAGUUAUCAGCUGAGCUCUAACGAGCCCUCUUACAUCCUAACUCUCAAUCAAAUCUCACCAUUAGUUUCUUGUAAUUAGUUCUAUUAAGAAACUUUUAGUUGAUGUUAAUUUUGAAUCAAAAAUUAGUUGUGUCUGGUAGAAAUCAAUACAUGAUUGCCACGUGAUUCCCUGCGUGAACAAUUGCUGCUGAUGGGUAGUUUUGAUAACUCAGACCAAAAGGAUAUGUUGAAGAAAGAAGGUAAAAUAUGAGCUAUGAAAUGUUGUGAACUAUGAACUAGCAGCUGAAAUCACUGAAAUCAAGUGUAAUCAGUAAUGUUAAUGGGGGGGGGGGGGGUUA